AUGAAAAAAAAAUUUUCAUAUGAAGCCCCCGAAACGGCUGCUUUAUCAGAAAAAAUGCAAACCACAGGCGGAAUGCCACCCGUGGCUUGUCAAUACUUAAGUCUUAAGAUUGAUUAUUGCCGUAAAGUUAAAGAUAUAAAACAAUCUCACUUGAUCGAUUCGAUCAAAAACAACUUUUACGUUCCUCCCGUGAUUUUUUCAUGCAAGAAAAUUCAAGAUGGAGAAGGAUCUAAUAAAACGCUACGUGUUUGCAUCGAUGGAAAACAGAGAUUAACUUCCAUCCGUAGAUUUUUUAACAACGAAAUACCCCAUCUGAUUCCCGAUGCACCGAGAAGCACCAGGAGAUUUUAUAGUCUUGAAAGUGAAAAUUGUUUCACCGAGUAUGAGAGGGAAAAUAUUUUUGAUUGCGCAGAAUUUGUGUGUGUCGAAUACUGGGAUCUUACUUUGUCUCAAGAACAAGAAAUCUUUAGCAGAGUCCAACUUGGCAUGCCACUGACUAAUGCAGAAAAACUUGCAUCAAUCAGCAGUCCAACUGUUGACUUCGCCCAAAAUCUAUAUGCCACUUACAAUUCGAUUUCACAGAUCAUUGACACAAAGCGUGGAAAACCUCUUGAACUUAUCACCCAAACCCUCUACAUGAUAGAGAAUGAACCGGAAAAGCAAGUUUUUACCCACAAUAACCUCACCAAAUAUCUCAAGGAUGAUCGCGAGGUGCCAAUUCGUUUAAAACAAACCGCAAAAACUGUCUUCGAAACUCUGGACACAUUGAUCGAAGAAAAUGCCGCGUUAUUUAGCGAAAAUCACAAAUUUGCCCCUAUCGAAUUCGUAUUCUUCUGUUGGAUUAUCGCCAAAUUUCCAAAGCUGGAGAUUUGGCAAUAUCAAAUGUAUCUGAAAGAAAUGAAAGAACACGUAAAAACAUAUCAUACUGAUAUCAGGUUCAAUGCCAAGGUCUACGCUACCUUAAGAGAAUAUGUCGUGGAUCUAGAACCUGAUGAAUUGGUGGGAGACUACGGAUCUGGGAAAAGACCCAGAUGUGGAUUUAUGGCUGUGGAAUCUUCAAAGAAGAUUAAGUUGGAGGAUUAA